AUGGUUGCUCUGGGAUGUCGCGCCCUCGGCGUCUGUCUUCUUAGCCUGCCAUUCCUAGUCAAUGGCGCUCCGGCUUCGACUAUUGACAACGUCUUUGAGAUUGUCGAGCACCUCAAUGCCGUUCCAGAAAUGUGGCAGAAAGGGGCGGCUCCGUCGCCCGACACCCCCCUCCGGCUACGCCUAGCAAUUCAGCACGACAAGACGAAUGUAUUUGAGCAGCGCGUCCUUGAUAUCUCUACGCCUGGUCACCAACACUACGGCCAACAUAUGACUCGCGAUGAGGUGCAAGCAUUCCUUCAGCCACCUGCCCAUGCGUCGAAUGCCAUCAUUAACUGGCUGCGAGAAGGAGGAGUAUCCGAAAAGGCGGUUCAGGUGGACUCUGACUGGGUUCAUUUCACUGUCCCCGUCAAGCAGGCCGAGAAGCUCUUGAACACCCGUUUCUACUACUUCCAAAAUGCGUUGAACAAGGCCCGUGUCCUGCGAACUCUAGAAUACUCUGUCCCAAAGAGCAUCUCUUCAUACAUUCUGAUGAUCCAGCCAACAACCAAAUUCGGCCAGAUCAGACCCCAAUUCAGCACCAUCUUUGAUGAAGUAGAGAUGGCGAGCUUUAAAGCCGACGAUGUGGACUGCAACAAAACGAUCACUCCAGCUUGUCUUCGUGACUUAUACAAAAUGGGAAAUUCCCGCUCUACGCCUGAUGAUAGAAAUAAAAUCGGUAUUUCGGGAUAUCUUGAGCAGUAUGCGAGACACGGUGACUUCGCUCGCUUUUUGGAGCUCUAUGCCCCCGAAUUCAAGGGCACCAAGUUUGAUGUGGAGUCAAUCCACGGUGGCGAAAACCCUCAAAACUCUUCCUUGGACAGCAUUGAGGCAAGCUUGGACGUCGACUAUGCCAUCGGUCUCUCUGGAGCCAAAUCUGUGUAUUACACGACUGCCGGUCGUGGACCGCUCAUCCCUGAUUUGGACCAGCCCCAUGCCAACAUGAGCUCCAAUGAGCCGUACUUGGACCAGCUUCACUACUUGUUGGCCCUCCCUGACAACAAGCUUCCUUCAGUCCUCUCGACAUCGUAUGGAGAAAAUGAGCAGAGCGUGCCACAGAAGUACACUGACGCAACAUGCAACCUCUUUGCCAGACUCGGAGCUCGAGGAGUGUCGGUCAUCUUCAGCAGUGGUGAUACCGGUGUAGGCUCCGCUUGUCAGACUAAUGAUGGUAAGAACACGACUAGAUUCCUUCCAGUCUUCCCGGCAGCUUGUCCAUUCGUGACUUCCGUUGGAGCCACGACGAACAUCAAACCAGAAAGAGCUAUUUACUUCUCUUCCGGCGGUUUCUCUGACAGAUAUAGCCGCCCAUGGUACCAGGAUACCGCUGUGAAGGACUACCUUCACAAGGAGCUUGGUGAUCGGUGGAAGGGAUUGUACAACCCUGCCGGUCGCGGAUUCCCAGACGUAGCAGCACAAGGAUAUAAAUUCGCUGUGGUUGACCACGAUAAGAUCAUUGGAGUUUCUGGAACAAGUGCCUCUGCCCCAGCGUUCGCAGCUAUCGUUGCCAACCUCAACUCCAUCCGUUUGGCUCAAGGCAAGCGCGUUCUGGGUUUCCUUAACCCCUUCCUCUACACCAUUGGCCGUGUUGGGUUCACCGACAUUGUGCACGGAGGCUCGACCGGAUGCACAGGCAAGGAUAUAUACAGCGGCUUGCCCACACCUAUCGUUCCUUUUGCUAGCUGGAAUGCGACCAAGGGCUGGGAUCCCGUCACUGGCUUAGGAACACCUAACUUCGAGGUUCUUAAAAAACUCGUGACAGCGUUUUAA